CCUCCCGAGCACAUGUCCAAGAGGUCACUCCACGGCGUUGUUCUCUUUUGAGUUUCGUGCCUGUCGCGCAUGCAUACCUCCGCACAUCAACGCAGCACCCCAAUUUCUUCUCCUCCCCGACAAUGGCCGUACCACCAUCUCCCCUUAAAUCCAACCCAGUCGACCUAUCCCCGGCCGAGCGUCGUACGUCCCAUUUCUCUCUGUCCCUCGACCGCGAUCGGACGACCUCGAGGAUAGCAGCCAUUCGCCGUGGCGAGCUCAAGAUAUCGGCGCCGAUACCCAUGGCCGAGAGUACAGGGGCGUUUUUUGGUAACACGGUGGCAACUCCACAGGAGGAGCGUGGUAGCUAUAUACAAUGCGGUGGAACGCCAGAUUUGGCGCAGGGGGAAAUGACAUCGACAAGAACGACGUCAAGACGGCCGUCCACCCCGGCUGAGGCGAUCAAGUCUUCGAUGACUCCGACCAAGGACACGUGGGAACAGCCAGAUCGUCAAGGUCUAGCGAGAUCGACUGGGUCAGCUGACGGAGCUGUUGAGCCAAGUGCCGUUCCCAACGAGCGUGGGAGCGUCUCUCCGCAGGUCUUGAGGCAUAAAUUUUCGUCCGAAGAUCUGAUGAACCGGAGAAGCACCAUGAAACGGCCCACCUCGCCAGGAGCCUCACCCCCUUUUGCUACGCCAAUUCCGCUGCGCAAUACUCCUAUGAGCAGCAAUGGCAAUACAGCCACCCCGACGAAAAAGAAGCAGCGAAGAAGCGGGACGAUUAAAUCGGUCUUCAGGCGGAUGUUUACGAGUAAAAGGAGUAGAGUAGACGCCGCUCAAGGAGAGUCACCGGCGGCUAAACCAUCUCCACCGAGGCAUGAAUAUCACCGUAGUGAUCCGGGAAUGAUUCCUGAGGGCAUAGCAACUCGUGGUAACGGCGAAGGUGACAACGAUCAGUCGCCAACGCCCCAUCAGCGCAACCACUCCGUCCCUAUCCGCCGAUUUUCCGAAAACAUUUCCGAAGAUCCCGGCACGCAAACUCCUAUCCGAGCACAUCUCCCCUUCCCGAUGAACGUCAAUGCCCCUCAGACUAGUAGUCCUACUCGGCAACGUCAGGUCCGUCCCGGCAUUGAUGCUUCAUCGUUGUCUCCAACGCAUAAACGCCGAGCAACUCUUCCAAGCGUCAUUCUCCCAGUUUCCGAUGAUCCUAGCCAUAAUCCUUUCCUCGACUCCCCCAAUAUAACUCAACCGCGGGGCGGAGCGUCUGAUGCUGCACAGAUCGGCCUUGCGUUGACGACGACGGGGUUGAAUAACGGAUCUUCUCAAAAAGCAAAUCCAAACCGUCGGUCACGCAGCGCCGGUGCGCUUCGCGACCUCGCUGACCGUGGUAAUAAUCAAGCCGACUCGCGGCCAUCACUCCGAACGCCAACCUGGUCUCCUUGCUUUGGAAGUAGACGAGCUUGCUCGUCGUGGAUCCGACUCGGACCCUUCUUCGCCCAGCAGCCUCACUGAGCGCCUGGAGCACCUGGAGCGAGAUAUGCGCGGUUUCGAACAAUCGCUCCAGCGUCUCAGAGACAAGAAAGCGAGUGGA